UUUUGUAAUUGUAUGUGGUCCGGUCGUUUUUGUUGUGAAUUACGUUUGAUAAAAUAUUUUUACUUUACAAAAAGUAAAAAUAUGUGACUUAAAUUAAUAUGUAUUUACCAAACAAGAGUAAUAAUAUAAAAAUGCACAGGCACGGGCAGGUGGUAAAGGAGAACGUAUUCGAAGAUGGCGUGGUACCACUUCGCUGGGUGGCGGUGGCUGCCGUCGUCACGUCGCUGUCGCUGGUGGUGGCGGCGCUGGUGGACCGUCGCCUACCCGAACCUCUCGAUCGCUCCGCGCCGGCAGACCACUUCAUAGCAGAGAUAGCGCACGAGCAUCUCGUCAACCUCACCUCUAUCGGUCCGAGGGUGGCAGGCAGCUAUGAAAACGAAGUGUUAGCGGUGCAGAUUCUGGUGGAGGCCGUGAAGAGCAUCGCGGCGCAGGCGUCGCCGCACAACCGCGUCGACUACGACGUGUUCUCGGCCAGCGGCGCCUUUUCGCUCACCUUCCUCGACGGCAUGAGCAACGUGUACCGCGACGUGCAGAGCGUGGCCGUGCGCGCGCGCGCCGCCGGCGGCCGCUCGCCGCGCGCGCGCACCGCGCUGCUGCUCAACUGCCACUUCGACACCGUGCCCGACAGCCCCGGCGCGAGCGACGACGGCGCGGGCUGCGCGGUGGCGCUGGAGACGCUGCGCGCGCUCGUGGCCGCGCCGCGCCCGCUGCGCCACGACGUCAUCGUGCUGCUCAACGGCGCCGAGGAGAACAUCCUGCAGGCCUCGCACGCCUUCGUCACCCAGCACCCCUGGGCGAAAUCUGUGCGCGCGUUCAUCAACAUCGAGGCGUGCGGCGCGGGCGGCCGCGAGGUGCUGUUCCAGGCCGGCCCGCACGACCCCUGGAUCAUGGAGGUGUACGCGGGCGCGGUGCCGCACCCUUUCGCCUCGUCGCUGGCGCAGGAGCUGUUCGAGAGCGGGCUCAUCCCGGCAGACACGGACUUCCGCAUCUUCCGCGACUACGGUGACCUGUCGGGCGUCGACCUCGCGUGGAGCAGCAACGGCUACGUGUACCACACGCGCCUCGACACAGCCUCGCGCGUGCCGCCCGCGGCGCUCCAGCGCACCGGCGACAACGUGCUGGCGCUGACGCUCGGUCUGCUGAGCAACGAGCGACUCGAGCUCGCCACGGAACGAGAACGACAGCCGGUGUUCUUCGACGUGGUCGGCGCGUUCGUGAUCGCCGCCCGCGCGCCCGCCGCCGCGCUGGCCGUCGUCGUCACGCUUGCGACGCUCGCGCUGUCCCUGCACCUGUCGGCCGACGACGCCGCUAGACAACUGUACAUGUCGCGGCGCGCGUGGUGGCGCGUGGUGCUGCGCGCGGCGCGCGGCGUGGCGCUGGCGCAGCUGGCGGGCGUGGCGGCGGCGCUGCUGCCGGCGCUGCUGCUGCACGCGGCCGGCGCGCGCCUCGCCUUCUACGCGUCGCCCGGCCUGCUCGUGCCGCUGUACGCGCUGCCGGCGCUGUGCGGCGCGUGGGCGGACGCGCGCUACGCGUGGCGCGCCUCGGCCCCCGUGCGCGGCUGGUGGGAGUGGCGCGCGUGGCGCGACGCGCUGGCGCUGUGGGCCGGCGUGGUGCUGGCGGCGGGCGCCCUGGCGGGCCUGCGCUCGGCCUUCCUGCCGCUGCUGUGGACGCUGCCGGCGUUGGCGGCGCUGCCCCGCUGCUCGCCCGCGGCCGGUGCGGCGCUGCACGCGGCGCUGUCUGCGCUGCCGGCGCUGCAGUCCGCGUACCUGGCGCUGGGCUCGGUGGACAUGUUCGUGCCCAUCAUGGGCCGCGCCGGCACCGCACCUCUACCCGCCGACGUGAUGAUGUCGCUGGUCGUGUCGUCGCUCACGCUCACGACGUUCAGCUGGAUGCUGCCGCUGGUGGCCGCCGCGCGCAAGCCUGCCCCGCUGAUAUAUGCGGGCGCGCUGGUGUCCGCGCUGACGGUCGCGCUGGUGCUGCUGACGCCGCUGGGCGCGGCCUACAGCGCCGAGCGCCCGCAGCGCGUCAUGCUGUUCCACACGCGCCGCACGCUGCACGCGCCGGAGCCCGUCGUGGAGGACUUCUACUGGCUGCCCGAGCUGGACGUCAACACGCCGCACUCGCUGGACGCGCACGUGGGCGGCAUGCGGGAGGCGCGCGCCAGCUCGGCCGACGAGUGCGCGCGCUGGCUGUACUGCGGCGCGCCCUACUUCCUGCCCGUGCUGUCGCUGGUGUCGCGCGGCCACCGCCUGCCGGCGCCCGGGCCGCCGCUGGCCGAGCUGCGCGUGCGCGCCGAGCUGCUGCCGCACGAGAGCCCCGACGCGCGCACGCUGUCGCUCGAGCUGGAGGGCCCGAGCCACGUGGUGGUGAUCCUGUCGCCGGCGGCCGGCGCGCACGUGCCGUGGUGCUCGGAGCUGGAGGGCGCGCCGCAGCCGGGCCCGCGCUGGGGCGCGCGCCUCACGUACUUCGUCGCGCUGCACCACGCGCGCCGGCCGCGGCCGUGGCGCCUGCGCUGCACCGUGCGGCGCGCGGCGGGCGCGGGGCGCGCGGGGGGCGCGUGGCUGCAGGUGUCGGCGGCGGGGCACGCCAUGUUCGGCGCGGGGCAGCGCCACGAGCGGCACGCGCGGCUGCUGGCGGCGCUGCCGGCGUCCGUGGCGGCCACGGGCUGGGGCGUGGACCUGCAUCUGCUGGAACUCUAGCGCGCGCGGGUCCGCCUUUCGUCUCCGUCGUUAGCGAUGACUGUCAAACGUGACCCAGACGGUUCGGCCGUCGCCCUCUCAUACAGACGUAUAUGAUUGACUACGCCUCGUUGUUCGUAAACGGCGAGCCAGCAGUCCGUCCUCAUCGGCGCGGCCCGCUGCAGAGUCCGCAGUCGGCCGACGUAGCGACCCGCUCGUGGGUUCGCCGUUAUAUUUAUUUGAUUAAUAUAAAAUGUGUGCAAUAAUUUUAAUUGGAACUACGAGUAUCAGACCAAACAUUCGAUGCUAAAGUAUCUACUUUUAGAGUUUUAGAUUUAAAAACAAAUAAACGCUUGUGUUUUUAUAAAUUCCUUUACCUCAGAUGUCUAGGGCUAUGAAUCGAAUAUAGCAAUAGUAAGACUAUGGCACGACUCGCUGUUAUCAUUCGUAAACGGGAACUAAAGAUAAGUAAUUGGAUGGAAACCAAGGGUGUCUUAGGAUUAUUUUAGUAAAAUUAUUGCGUAGCAGCCCCAGCGAGUGGCGACUGCGACUUGACAACACUAUUUAAAUGUUCAAUGAAUUAGUUAAGGCACUCGAAAUAAUAGACUCGAGAACAAAUGCACACACUAGCUAGCAGCGGACACGUCACGCGAGGGGCGCCGGGCGGCUGACAUGCUUGCAGUCCUGUGCUUCGAUAUCGUAACGGCUACUCGACGAUUUAGGGUUGAUUGUGUUUACCUGUUCGGUAUUAUUUAAUUCCUCGGAGAUGUUGACUUGAUUUUAUGCUACUUUUGUAAAUAAAGUUUAGUUAUAAUUA